AUGCAACAACCCAACACACCCGCUCCAACAUACCACAUCAUCCCCGCCACCCCCUCCCACAUCCCCCAUAUAACCGCCAUAGUAAACCAUUAUAUCCUUACCACCAUCGUCAACAAAUCCUACCGUCCACUACCAGAAUCCCAUUACCAAAAUAUCCUAACCGACAACCAUUCCCGUCGAAAGCUUCCUUUCUUCGUUGCCAUCGAAGUCCCCCAGAUUAACGAUAACGGUGAUAACGUUAACAAUAAUAUCGAAGAAGCCGAAGGGGAAAAAGUAAUAGGUUUCAUAACAGUCACGCCUUGGUUUCCUUCAAAGCUUGGAUACGCAUAUACCCUCGAAGUAUCGCUCUAUAUCUCACCCACCCAACGCGGCGGAGGUAUUGGUACCGCUCUACUCGCGACUUUAAUAUCUCAUUUGGAGGGUAACGAAUACUUUACCUUUUCUGAAGGUGGAGCGGUAGUUCCUUCAUCUUCACCUUCAUUAUCUUCUAGUAAAGUACCCGACGAACCGAAUGUUUUGCAUGGAAUCCCGGUGAAAUGUACACAGUUAUUAGCGUUGAUGGCUAUAGUUGAGGAUACGGAGUUAGACGGAAAAGUCAGAAGGUUUUAUGAAAGGCAAGGGUUUGAGGUGAUGGGGGUUAUGAAGGGGGUUGGAUGGAAAUUUGGGAAGAGGAGGAAUGUGAGGAUGUUGGCGAGGGAGAUGAAUGUGGGGUAUAUACCGGAUUUUAUUGAGUAA